AACAACAAACAACUGAAAUUGAUCAGUCUCUCUCUCUGCCUCUUUCUGGUCUUUCUUUCUUACUCUGUUCAUUGUCAGGAAAUCUCACUUUAACAGUAUCUUUGUCAGGGCUAUCUAAUCUACCUGUCUAUAUACCCCAUAAAUGGAUAGCAUGAACAAGUCAUCAGGCGCCAGCGCUGCUUCGCCUUCCAAGAGCAAACGAAAAGGGAGUCAGCAGCAACAGCAAAACCAGCAAGAAUCAUCAACAAACAGGUUUCUUGGUGUGAGACGGCGGCCGUGGGGCAGAUACGCGGCUGAGAUAAGAGACCCGUCGACCAAAGAAAGGCACUGGUUGGGCACUUUCGACACUGCGGAGGAGGCGGCAUUGGCCUACGACAGGGCGGCACGCUCCAUGCGUGGCUCCAGGGCGCGCACCAACUUCGUCUACUCCGACAUGCCUCCUGGUUCAUCCGUCACUUCCAUCAUCUCACCUGACGAAACCCGCCACGAUUUCUCGAUGCUCUUCGCUGACUCUCAGCAUUCCGAUCACAGUACAGCAGAGCAGCAGCUGUUUUUCUUCGGGCAGAGCGAGCUCAACACCAGCCCGUAUCCGGGCUUCCAGCUGACUGGGGACGCCUGGAAGAACAGCAACACAAAUGCUAACAUCAGUAUGUACGAGCAGCAGGUGAGUACUAGUGAAUACGAAUAUCGCCCAACACCCAGUGACGGCGUUUCCGCCUCCCAUGAUCUGCCGCCGUUGCCACCGGACAUCACAAGCAGCUGCUACUCCGGGGAGCCACCGGUGCUAUCCGAAUUGGGACACGGAGUUCUGAAUGACAUGAGGUACCUUGAACUGUCGGAGCCGCGGCUGAGCAUGGAUGCAGGUCAUGGAUACGACGUGGGCGAGGCUUACAUGGGGUACGACGACUCCAUGAACAGCGGCAGGAACAGUUUCUCCGGCUUCGGAUGGUUCUGCAUGAACAAGUCAGGAGCAAAUGAUCCUUCACCUUCCAAGAGCAAACGGAAGGGGAAUCAGCAGCAAAACCAGCAAGAAUCAUCAACAAACAGGUUUCUUGGCGUGAGAAGACGGCCGUGGGGCAGGUACGCGGCUGAGAUAAGAGACCCGUUGACGAAAGAAAGGCACUGGUUGGGCACUUUCGACACAGCGGAGGAGGCGGCAUUGGCCUACGACAGGGCUGCACGCUCCAUGCGUGGCUCCAGGACGCGCACCAACUUCGUGUACUCGGACAUGCCUCCUGGUUCAUCCGUCACUUCCAUCAUCUCUCCUGACGAAACCAACCACGACUUCUUGAUGCUAUUAGCUGAUUCCCAGCAUUCUGAUCAUAAUCCAACAGACCAUCAGCUGUUUCUCUUCGGGCAGAAUGAGCUCAACACGAGCCAAUUUCCAGGGUUUCAGCUGACGGGGGAUGCCUGGAAUCAGAACAACACAAAUGCUAACAUCAUGAGUAUGUACCAGGUGGAUAAUAGUGAAUACCAGUAUCAGACAACACCCCCUGACUCCGCCCAUGAGCUGCCACCAUUGCCACCGGACAUCACAAGCAGCUGCUACUCUGGGGAGCUGCCGGUGCUGUCGGAAAUUGGAAAUGAAGUUCUGAAUGACAUGAGGCAUCUUGAAUUGUCGGAACAGCAACUGGGCAUGGAUGCAACAGCUCCGUAUGAUGUAGCCGAGGCUUAUUUGGGGUUCGACGACUCGAUGAACAAUGCAGGAAACAGUUUCUCCGACUUUGGAUGGUUCUGA